AUGCGUCUAUUCGAGUUCGCGGCUCUGGCGCUUGUCAGUGGCGCCUGUGCGUUCAAAGUCACAGAGCACGACAAAUUGGCAGCUCUUGGGCUUGCCAACGUUGGAAUCGAUGUAGCAAAGAAUGGCUACCCAAAUCCCGGCCAGUGCACACUGAAGAACGUAGCCGCAAACUUCCUAUCAUGGCACCGAUAUUACAUUUAUGCCUAUGAGCAACUGCUGCGCAACGAAUGUGGUUACAAGGGCUAUCUGCCAUACUACAACUGGGCAUGGUGGCACGAAGACCCAGCAUCAUCUCCCCUUUUCGACGGCAGUGAUACCAGUAUAUCUGACGCUGGAGCUUACAUCCCCGGAAGAAACUACACAUGCAUUCCAUCUGAAGCACAGGGAUGUCCUAUCAAGCUCCCGCCCGGAAGUGGCGGUGGCUGCGUUUCCGGGCCACUGGCAAACUGGACCAUGUCUCUCGGGCCCAUCGAUAGCAAAGUUAAAGAUCUCAAGCCGAACCCGCAAGCUGACGGUCUGGGCUACAACCCAAGAUGUUUAAGCCGGGAUGUGAACAAGCAUUCUGCUUACGAGUCGAGGGACGAAGUCAUCACCGAGCUCAUCAAGAACAGCAAAGACAUCCUCACCUUCCAAAACCGCAUGCAGGGCGAUUACCCCAACAAGUACAUGGGUGUUCACACCGCUGGUCACUACACCAUUGGAGGAGAUGCUGGCUCCGACUUUUUCAACUCGCCGUCCGACCCUGCCUUCUACUUCCAUCAUGCACAAAUCGAUCGCACGUGGUGGAUCUGGCAGAACCAAGACCUCAAGAACAGGAGAAAUGCGAUCGACGGCACCAUCACGUUCUUGAACAGCCCGCCGAGUCGCAACGGCACACUGAAUGAUACGUUGACCCUAGGUCCAAUGCUCCAGGAUACAUUUGAGAAUAUCACGAUCAAGGAUGCGAUGAGCACACUCGGUGGGCCGUUCUGCUAUAUCUAUGUGUAG